AUGGAAAGAUUGGCUCAAUUGGCGCUACACUCAACUUCAGCAGCAGGUGCUCCACCAGCACCAGCUCACCCAUUGGACCCUUUGACCCCACAAGAAAUCAAGUCAGUAUCAACACUCGUCAAGAGUAAAUACACAGGCAAGUCCUUAAACUUCAACACAAUUACCUUGAGGGAACCUAUCAAGAGAGCUUACUACGAAUGGAAGGAAAAAAAUGGACCUAAACCACCGAGAAUUGCUUAUUUUGUUGUUGUGAUUGAUGGUGACGACGGUGUUCAUGAGGGUGUGGUGGACAUUAGCGCCCAAGAGGUUGUUGAAAUGAAACACACUGAAGGAGUUCAACCAAUCUUGACUCCACUGGAUUUGCAGAAAACCGAGGAAAUUGUUCGUAAUGACCCAGAAGUUAUUAGACAAUGUGAGUUGAGUGGAUUACCACCAAACUCUAUGGACAAGAUUUAUUGUGACGCUUGGACUAUCGGUUAUGAUGAGAGAUGGGGCUCGUCUAAGAGGUUGCAACAGGCUUUGAUGUAUUACAGGUCAGAUGAGGACGAUUCCCACUAUUCGCACCCAUUCGAUUUUUGUCCAGUAGUUGAUAUGAAUGCCGGGAAAGUUAUUUACAUUGAUAUCCCACAAAAGAGAAGACCAUUGUCAAAAGCAAAACACUCAAGUUUCCAUCCAAAACACAUUGCUGAAAAAUUUGGAACAAAGGAGAACCCAUCCGGUUACAGAAAUGACAAUACUCCAAUCAACAUCACCCAACCGGAGGGUGUUUCUUUCAAGAUGGAUGGUCACGUUAUGUCCUGGUCCAACUUCAAUUUCCAUAUUGGUUUCAACUACCGUGAAGGUAUUGUUUUGAGUGACAUGACUUACAAUGACCAUGGAAAUGUGAGGCCAUUGUUUCACCGUAUCUCCCUUUGUGAGAUGGUGGUUCCUUAUGGUUGUCCCGACUUUCCGCAUCAAAGAAAACAUGCUUUGGACAUUGGAGAAUAUGGUGCUGGUAACUGUACCAACCCAUUGGCAUUAGGUUGUGAUUGUAAGGGUGUUAUCCAGUACUUGGAUGCUCAUUUCACCGACAAGGAUGGUGAUGCAUCAACCGUUAGAAAUGCCAUCUGUAUUCACGAAGAAGAUGAUGGUUUGCUUUUCAAACAUUCUGACUUUAGAGAUGAUUUCCAAACAACUGUCACAACAAGAGGAAAGAAGUUGAUUGUUUCACAAGUUUUCACCGCUGCCAACUACGAAUAUUGUAUCUAUUGGAUCUUGAGACAGGAUGGUACCAUUAAGUUGGAAGUUAGAUUGACUGGUAUUUUAAACACCUUUAUUUGUGGAGAUGACGAAGAUAUUGGACCAUGGGGUACUAAAGUCUAUCCUAAUGUCAAUGCACACAACCAUCAACAUUUGUUCUCAUUGAGGAUGCACCCAAGAAUCGACGGAGACAACAACUCAGCAGCAACAAGUGAUGCUAGACCUUCGCCGUUCCCAACUGGCUCCAACGAAAACAUGUACGGAAAUGCAUUCUAUUGUGACAAACAAACUUUCAAAACUGUCAAAGAUGGUAUCACCAACUUUGAAGGUGCCACUGCUAGAACAUGGGAUAUGUUCAAUCCAAACUCCAUCAACAAGUAUUCCGGCAAGCCGGCAACUUACAAAUUGGUUUCAACUUUCUGUUCCCCAUUGUUGGCACAAGAAGGUUCAUUGGUGAGAAAAAGAGCACCUUGGGCGGCUAACCAUACACAGGUCAUUCCUUACCAGGAUGACGAAUAUGGAUAUGGGUUAUUGUAUCCAUCUGGAGAUCAUGUGGCUCAAUGGAGCGGUGAUGGACCAAGAGGUAUGAGAAAAUGGAUUGGUGAUGGUUCUGCAAAUAUCAACAACACCGACAUUGUGUUUUUCCACACUUUUGGUAUCACCCAUUUCCCAGCACCAGAAGAUUUCCCCGUUAUGCCAACAGAGAUUUUCGAUUUGCAAUUGAGGCCAAGAAACAUUCAUACAGAGAAUCCAGUUUUGGAUGUUAAACCAUCGUUUGCCAAGACCACAUCCGAAGUCAAGGCUGGUAAACCCGGUAUUGAUACUUGCAGUUUGAAUGUUGAUAAGACUUCUAGAUUGGCCACAGAGUGUUGCAAGAAAUAG